CAUAAAGAUAACAAAACCAAACCCUUUACGGCUUUACGGUAUUUGACUCGCCUAGGCAACUCCAUUAUAUGCUACAUAAACUAAUAAGGACAAAAUUUUCUCUGGAAAAGAAUAUAUGAUAUUUAUAAUCUUUCCUCAAGCUCUCCUUAUUAUAUCAGAGUCUCAUACUUCGCCACUACUACAUUUUUACCCACUGGCUACAGUCCACAGUCCACACCACAGCCACUUUUCCACAUGGAGCCUAAAAAUCUUCUCUUCAUCUUCCUAACAGCCGUUCUCAUACUCCUCGCCGUCUCCAACCUCACUUCUCCGCCGUCCCACAAGGCGGACCCUCUGGACCGCGCCGGCCGGCGCACCUCCAAGAAUCGCAUCCACUCCGAAACCCCUUUCCGCCACCGCAAACCCGCCAAUCCCACGCGCCUCCACUCCUCCGACGUGCCCCGCCACCCCCUGGAUCCCCUUACCGUGACGGAGCUGAACAGGGUCCGUGAAAUCAUACGAAAAGACGGCGUCUUGGGGAACAGAGCCCACGCUCUCCACUCGGUGGUCCUCGAGGAGCCGGACAAGCAGGUGGUCCUGGCGUGGGAGAAUGGAGACCCGCUACCUCCGAGGAAGGCCGCCGUCGUGGCCCGCGCCGGCGGCGCGUCGUACUUGCUGACUGUGGACCUGGGUUCUGGCGAAGUAAACCGCCGGGAAGAGAAAACCUUGUCCGGCUACCCGACUAUGACGAUGGAGGACAUGACCUCCGUGACGUGGGCCCCGCUGGCUAGCGCCGAUUUCAAUCGCACGGUGGUGGAACGCGGCGUGGAUUUGGGGGACCUUGCUUGCUUGCCCAUUUCAAGUGGAUGGUUUGGCAAAACUGAAGAAAAGAGAAGGCUAAUCAAGGUCCAAUGCUACACCAUGAAAGACACAGCCAACUUCUACAUGAGACCAAUAGAAGGCCUAACGGUCCUCGUCGAUAUGGACACGAAACAGGUAGUGCAAAUCACUGACAAAGGGAAAAACAUACCAAUACCGGCAGCCGCCAACACCGACUACCGUUUCACAGCCCAAAACUCCCACCAGCGCCUGGUCAACCCCAUAUCCAUUGAGCAGCCCAAAGGCCCAAGCUUCACCGUGGAGGAUGGCCACACCGUGAAAUGGGCCAACUGGGAAUUCCACCUCAAGCCCGACCCAAGGGCUGGGGUAGUCAUCUCCCGGGCCACAGUCCUCGACCCAGAGACCGGCCUGAAGAGGAACGUGAUGUACAAGGGCCUCGCCUCUGAGCUUUUUGUGCCGUAUAUGGACCCAACUGACGCGUGGUAUUUCAAGACUUACAUGGAUGCUGGCGAAUACGGGUUCGGGCUUCAGGCCAUGCCGCUCGACCCACUCAACGACUGCCCGAGGAACGCUUACUACAUGGACGGGGUUUUUGCAGCGGCUGAUGGGACUCCGUACGUUCGGUCAGACAUGGUCUGCGUGUUCGAGAGCUAUGCUGGGGAUAUAGGGUGGAGGCACUCGGAAAGCCCGAUCACUGGAUUGGAGAUACGAGAGGUGAGACCGAAAGUGACGCUUGUGGUUAGGAUGGCAGCAUCGGUGGCCAACUACGACUACAUCGUGGAUUGGGAGUUUCAAACGGACGGACUAAUUAGAAUCAAGGUUGGCCUAAGUGGAAUACUGAUGGUGAAAGGAACUCCCUAUUCCAACCUCGACCAGCUCAACCAACAAGAAAACCUAUAUGGGACCCUCUUGUCCGAAAAUGUAGUCGGUGUUAUUCACGACCAUUACAUCACAUUCCAUCUCGACAUGGAUGUAGACGGCUCGGAUAAUUCGUUUGUCAAAGUCAACCUCCAGAGGGAGUACACAAAACCCGGGGAAUCUCCUAGAAUGAGCUACUUAAAAGCUGUAAGAAAUGUAGCCAAGACUGAAAAGGACGCGCAAAUCAAACUCAAACUCUAUGAACCGUCCGAAUUUCACGUCAUCAACCCUAGGAAGAAAACACGAGUCGGGAACCCUGUCGGGUAUAAAGUAGUCCCUGCUGGCACAGCUGCUAGCCUGCUCGACCCCGACGAUCCUCCACAAAAACGAGGGGCUUUUACCAAUAACCAGAUUUGGGUCACUCCUUAUAAUAAAACCGAGCAAUGGGCUGGCGGGCUUUUCACGUACCAGAGCAAAGGUGAUGAUACUCUGGAAGUAUGGUCUAACAGGGACCGAGAGAUUGAGAACAAGGAUAUCGUCGUGUGGUACACUUUGGGAUUCCAUCACAUUCCGUGUCAAGAAGAUUUCCCGAUCAUGCCGACUGUGUCGUCGAGUUUCGAUCUGAAGCCGGUGAAUUUCUUUGAGAGGAAUCCCAUUCUUAGAAUUCCACCAAAUGUUGAGGAUGAGCUGCCAAUUUGCAAGGCUGAUGCUUCAGCCUGACUAAGAAGAACUGUGAAUUGCUGCAAGUUGUUGCUUUAGAAUUUGAACUUGAUUUUUAGACACAAUAUUUAUUAAGGUUUUCAGAGUUGGUAUUGAAGUAUGUAUAUAUGUGUGUGCCUAUCUGAAUUUAAAAAUAAUGGUGGUGCACGAGGUUAAUCAUGUGUAAUACUUUUAAUCUUCUGGGAGCAACUAUAUAAAUACAAGUUUGUGAUACGCGUGCAUAUACACAAAUGAUUUCAUCAUUGGAUUAGACAAUGAUAUUCUAUAUACAGCGCUCGUAGGUUGGCAUACUUUA